AUGUUCAUAAUCUCUGACUGGGUUGGGACAAGGGUUGGACAGACCUGGAACGAGAAGAUUGCUGAUAAAGAUAACGAGAACAUUGCUAAUAAAGAUAACAAGAACAUUGCUGAUAAAGAUAACAAGAACAUUGCUGAUAAAGAUAACAAGAACAUUGCUGAUAAAGAUAACGAUAGGGAUAAAGAUAACGAGAACAUUGCUAAUAAAGAUUACAAGAACAUUGCUGAUAAAGAUAACAAGAACAUUGCUGAUAAAGAUAACGAGAACAUUGCUGAUAAAGAAAACGAGAACAUUGCUGAUAAAGAUAACGAGAACAUUGCUGAUAAAGAAAACGAGAACAUUGCUGAUAAAGAUAACGAGAACAUUGCUAAUAAAGAAAACGAGAACAUUGCUGAUAAAGAUAACGAGAACAUUGCUGAUAUUGCUUAUAAAGAUAACGAGAACAUUGCUGAUAAAGAUAACAUUGCUGAUAAAGAUAACAAGAACAUUGCUGAUAAAGAUAACAAGAACAUUGCUGAUAAAGAUAACAAGAACAUUGCUAAUAAAGAUAACGAGAAUAUUGCUGAUAAAGAUAACAAGAACAUUGCUGAUAAAGAUAACGAGAAUAUUGCUGAUAAAGAUAACAAGAACAUUGCUGAUAAAGAUAACGAGAACAUUGCUGAUAAAGAUAACAAGAACAUUGCUGAUAAAGAUAACGAGAACAUUGCUGAUAAAGAUAACGAGAACAUUGCUGAUAAAGAUAACGAGAACAUUGCUGAUAAAGAUAAAGAGAACGACAGCAUUGCUGAUAUUAUCCAUGGAUGA